AUGCCACUUGUUUUUGACCGCAACCAAUCUCCGCCACAUCCAGCCUCCGCCCGCUUGCUGCCUCCGCCCGCCGCCCGCCGCCGCCACCACAGCGACCAACCCGGCAUGGAAGCUGCUUCAUAUGCCGACGACCUCCACUCGACUGUACUGUGGUGGAGCAUCUCGACAGCCAUCUCAAUUGACUUCGACGUCGAAUCCAUCGCCGCAGUGUGGACGGCGCGUCGGCAUCCCUUCUGGAACAAACAUCCCCAAAGCCAACCAUGGGGAUCUCUUCGACGACAUAUAACGCCAGCUUGCCCGCGACCACUUAGGCUCGGCUCCGGCAAUCCAUCUCAGCAAGCACCGUUGCUCCUGUUGAACACCGUCACGUGGACCCCUCGUCAUCCUGCCAGGAAUAGAACUCCGCAACACCGGCCACAAGGACCUCUCCAACGAUACCGGUGUGACCGCUGCCAACCGCCAGGUGCAGGCGCCGCCGUGUUUCUAGAAGGUGUACCGGUUGGUGUCGCCCGAGGAGAAGGCCUUCUCGUCGGAUUUGAGCGGCGAGGGUUGGUGGAUGAAGAAGUGUCGCGAUGA